CUUUUGUAUUCCUUCUCUACAAAAUUUUCUUCAUAUUUUCAUAUUUCAAAUUAUACAAUGGCUGGUUUGUCAUCGCUGGUAGCCAUAUUGGCAAUAUCGUCUGUUGCUCCGUUCGCUGCAGCUGCACCUCAAAAUGCACAGUUUAUUUCGGUUGAUGCCGACAUCGUGCCGACAGAUUUAGUAUCUAACCAAUUUAUAUUCGACAGUGUAGACACACAGCCAGCACCCGCCCUGCCAGAAUUUCACAGCCAAGCAUCCGCUCUCGAGCCCAAUGUGCGGGACAGUCUCAAGAUUGAGUGCUCAGCCGCCGGGGUUAAAGACUGGGACCGCAACCUACAAAUCGCCUCUGUAUUCAUCAUCCUCUCUGUCGGCGGCCUUGGCGCAUUGCUUCCCGUGGCCUGCAAGCACAUCAAGUGGCUCAACGUCAUUUUUGGCGCUGGCGUCAUCUUGGCCACAGCCUUCGUGCAUAUGCUCAAUGGCUCUAUAGAGUCACUCAAGGAUGAGUGUCUGGAGGGCAGGCUGGGUGACUUUGAUGCGUGGCCUGGGUUUCUGGCCAUGCUGGCGAUUCUGGCAAUGCACCUGAUGGAGCAUGUGCUGACCGCUCGCCUCAUACACCAUAAGAACACGUCUUUGGAUACAGCAAGAUGUUCUGUGGCCACAGAGAGUGCGAGCGCCGGCGAGGUCACGCCGGAGUACAAAGAUGAGGAGUGCGGUGAUGAAAAGCGCGUGGAUGUGGGACACGUUCACGCGCCCAUGCUUCUUGAUAUGGACCAGAAGCGCAAGCAACUGUCAACGUACAUUCUCGAGCUCGGCAUCGCUCUGCACUCGAUCAUCGUCGGUAUGACACUGGCGGUUACCGGCGGCACCGGUUUCAAGACCUUGUUGGCAGCCAUCAGCUUCCACCAGUUCUUCGAGGGCUUGGCCCUGGGCACUCGCAUUUCGGCAUUACAUUUUACCCGUCGGCCGCUGCUCAUGGGCAUUUUAAAUGCGUCGAUAUUUGCCUUGACGACACCGCUGGGCCAGAUUAUCGGCAUUGGUAUCCGCGAGUCAUUUGCUCCCAGAUCGCCCUCGACAUUGUUGACCAUUGGUGUGCUCGACGGCCUUUCGGCUGGAAUCCUCAUGUAUUCGGCUAUCGUGAACCUGCUUGUUGAGGAGUUUUCGUCGCCCGAGUUCCGCCGGUAUACAAAGUUUGCGAGGGUUAUGUAUUUUAUCAUAUUGUAUUCCGGUUGCGCGGCAAUGUCCAUUAUUGGAAAGUGGGCGUAAGAGCGCUUCACAGAACGCGCUUCCCUCUUUUUUAUUCGCUGUUUUAUUUUUUAUGUAGAUUUUCCAGAAUUAGUUUUGCUUUAUUCAUUUUUCAAUUUUUGCUUUCUAUCAGCC